GACAUUUAUCAUACACUGGCGAAGUAGCUAAAAGUUAUGGAACUAGAGGAGCAAACGGAAUCUAUGGCAGCCAUCUAAAUAUGCGUCUGUCUGGUCAUAAUUGAAGGACCAUGCCGAGCCAAACGACGUCCCCGCCGCCGCUGACAGUGACUGUGUUUGCAGCACUCUGGGUCAGUUUGGGUCGGUGUGGUGUGUCUCUGGGACCGCCGGGAUGUGACAAUGGAAAGCUGUCUUUGGAUAGGGACCUGCCUGCUGUUUAUUGGGACUGUCCAGGGUCUACUACUUCGCCAGUAUCUCCUCAGAGACGUCCCAGUAUUGACACGGUGUAUGAUCCUGUGCCAGCCAGGCAGAUCUGCAUGGAUACAUCUAUUUCCUACAACCAUACCAUUCCCAACAGUGGAGCGUACAGACCAGUAAGGGCAGAGUGUGGAGAGUACUUGUACUGUCCUCCUCAACGGUGGCUCAAUAACUUGCACCACGGAGCAUCUGUUUUGCUGUACCAUCCCUGUGCGCCUCUCCAUGAGCGUCUCCUUCUGUCUGUCCUGGCCCGCUCGUGUCUGCCAGACCACAUUCUAACCUCACAUCCUCAGCUCAAUGAACACAUGCCAAUUGCCUUGGUGUCAUGGGGUCACACCUUGGAGCUGGCCACCGUGACCUCUUCAGACGUCUGUAAUUGGCUGGAGACCACAACAAACACACCAAAACAGUUUGGUGGUUUGAGCCAGAGCAGGAAGUACAACCUGUUGUUAAUCCGGUCAGCCGAGCAGCACCGGCAGCAACAUGCACAUCCAGAGGAACACUUCGCAAAAAUGAAGUCUCUGAGGCAAUGCUGUGAGCAGACCAUCUCUUCUCUGCUGACUGGAGCGACGGAGAUAGAGUCCAACCUGAAGAAGGAAAGAUUGAGACAAAUGAAAGAGGAAGGAAAAAGGAGGCAGAGAAGAGCUGCCAUUAGAGAAAAACAAGACAAUGUUAAGGAGGAGAGCGCGAGACAAAACACACUAACACACCAGCCCACCAACGGUAAGACAGGGAGUUUCCAUAACUCCAACGGUACAUUUGGACCAUCAGCAGGUCCUCUUCCAGGCAACAGGACUCUCUCAGAUCCUCCAGGUUCUAGGGGAGCUCCUUCUAAAUCUAAGAUCCAGAAUACAAAUCAGAGCCUUAAACCAAUGGCCACAACUCCUUUGGAGUCAAAUAUGUCUGACCUCAGAAACUCAAACCCCUCUGGUGGGGUGGAUCUUGGUGCAGAUGGUGUGAACAGGGAACAUAAUGAUACCGCGAGGCCUGAAGCCCGGGUCCUCGGUUCCAAAGAUAAAGGUAUAGACUCAGCCAAGCAGAGGGACGACUACUCUGUUGGACACAGCCCGAAAGAGAAAAUCUCUACAGAGAAAAACUUUGAUAAAGGCAACACAGCAGAUGGCACAAUGAAGGUCAAUGAAGUGGUGAAUGUUAAAGAGAGAGAGUUGGAACAUAAGCAAACACACAGUGACACACACUCUCAACACAAAAGUGAAAAGAUUGGCUUUGGUUCUGUUUCCAAAUCCCAAUCAGAGUCGCCACCUCAGCCACAACAGCACCAGAACCCACAGUCAGCCACUUCCCUGCCCAACAGCCCCGACUGUGGCAGCUGCAAAGGAGCAGAACACUGUGACUGCAACAAGGCGUCAGGGGCCUCGGCCGCUCUCGUGAAUAAAGGGUGGCUGAGGACCCCCAGGACAAACGAGGGAGUGUGGGCAGCAGCAGCACUGGGCUUCCUGCUGAUUCUCCUGACCCUGUCAGUGCUCCACACACGCCUGUACCGCCACUGGAGGACCGCACCCAGUCUUUACUGGCACGACCCUCAACAGGACUACGACAGUGUGGCAGAUGUGAUCCGCAGGAGGCUACGAAUUGCAAACAGGAGGCGGAAAAGGGGCAGGAGACAGGAGUGUGUUCUUCUGCCCAGCUCCUCCAGCUCAGAAGAACAUCUAUAGAAACAUGAAGGACAAAUCCCAGAGAACGUAGAGGACGUGGACAAUACUGGCAACAACCUGUCUAUCAAAAUAGUUACUAGAUAACCUGAAAAGCUCAAGCUGAAAUUCCACAAAGCUGCUCAAGGGUCAGUUAGAUCCUGUUUCCAGAUUUAUUGGGUACAGAGUGAAUUGAAAGAGGUCCUCUUACAUUUUUGUUUUUUUGGGGGGACCAUCUUUAUACCUACUUUUCCUUGUGAAGGAGGGAGAACAGAAAAACAUGUUUUGACCAUCCAAAACAAGUGAUGUGUUAUAAACCGCAAGAACACAACUAAAUUAUUUCUCUUUCAAAUAUUGUAUGUUUGUCAUAGAUUUACCAUUUAAUAAUAUUGUAACCAAAACCACAGUUCCCAAAUAACAAGCAUCAAAGAAUAUUGACUAAUGAGUACUGGUACAACCCUCAUCAGUCCUGUGGUUCUGGAUCAGUCCUUUGGGGACAUCCUCACAAAGAGAAGCCCUCAGGCUUUAUUACAGAAAGUGACCUUCACAUUGUAUGUAUUUGUAUUUGUUCCAAUACUCAUAAUACUCUCCUACACAUUACACAGUGUAUUUGUCUUAGUUUGCUCAAUGCAUGUACAGUAUAUCUUUUAUUGUUCUAUAUUUAGUCUGAAAUUUGAUUUUAUAAAUAGUUUAAUAGUAAUAUUCUGUUGCUUUUACCUGUGAAGGUUUAGUAUGUGAAUAUGUUGCUGUUCUAAGCAACGCUGUGUGCGGUGUUAGUUUUAAUUUAAAUAGUACAAGCUGUAUUUUUGGACAAGCAUUAGUGAAGGAUUUUUUAAAGACAAACUCGUCACAGAAGCGUUGAGGGCGUGGACUUUUGCUUGAAACUAUUUUUUUUUUUGGAAUGGAUGUCAGGAUGUUUUCUCAUAUCUUUUAUGAACAUAAGCAAAUGUUAGCUUGGACCAGUUAUAGCCGGACCGAUAACUCAAUUUUUACCUGAUGCCAUUUUUUAAGGAUCCCUUAAAUUUUUUUGUUUUGAAGAAUUGUGACAAAAAUAUGCACUGAUGGGGUCAUCUUACUGUAGAGUAAUACACUUUCUAAAUAACCUCAAACUUAUCUUUAGCAUUUCUGCGACUCUACCAAUAUAUUGGCUGAUUUGAGUCUAGCUCUAACUCAAAUCUUGAGAAGGAAACAAGAGAAAUGCAUUUUACAGACACAUGUACAAUAAAAAUAAGACCUUAUUUAAUUGGUUCCUAUACAUAUUCUAAAUGCUAUGGUGGGUUGUAGUGGUCUUAUUGUAACUACAUACUUUUACUUUUGUCAGUUGCUUUUUCUAGAACUUGUCAAUGGAAGUAAAAUCUAAGGCACUAACAGUGGUGUGAUUGUCUUCAUUAGUAAACUGCUAGUAUAAAACCAGCUCAACAAUGUAAAAAUAAUUCACCUUUAAUGUCAAAAUUGUUUUUUUUUAGUAGAAGUUUGAUUCUUUUAUGAAUAGAAAGUGCAGUAUGGUGCAGUUUUUCGUUCCCUUUGCUAAAAAUGUCAACAGCAUCAUUUAGUUCACGUUUUCUCUAAAACUGAAAGGUUUCAGCAAGACUGAUACUGUUUACACAUUACAGAGAUGUUAAAACACGCUUGGUCUCUAUUAGAGUGAGCAUUUAUACAGUAAAAAUAAAUGUGAAGGUAUAUCAAGGACAAUUGACUUGUUUUACUAUUUUAUUACAAAUGUACAGCUUAUGAGUUUCCAUUACGACUGACCUUUUUGAGUCAUUGUUUUCUCUACUUUAUACAGUUUUAACAUCUUCUGUUAAAAGAUAACUCCAAUCACCCAUCUCCCAAUCUGUAGAGCUGUAAUGACACACAGGGACAGCAGCCGCACAGGCCACAGUGCACCGCCAAUGGCUGAGUAUCAGAAGGGCGUUUGUGUGCGUGUGUGUGUAUAAUAAACUGGCUGCAGAUUUAAUGUUUGUACUUUGUAGAAGGUUUGGUCCAACUGAUAAGUUGAGGGUGUGUGUUUGAUGAAUCUUGGACAGGAUUAAGGUGUAGAAAGUGUUGGACAUGAAUUGACGGAAGCAUUUAACAUUCAUACUAGAGGCCCCCUAUGUAGUGUCUACUAACCCGGAAAAGGACUAGGCCAUGUGCGUUUUAGACCCUUCUCCUGACGUUUUGAGAUGACUGUAGUGCUUAGCCAAAGUGCGCUUCAGACCUUUUCUAUUGCCCCACCCCGAUUCAAACCCUGCAUCCUGCACCUAAUGUACUUGUGCUAAGACAUUUGGGAGCGUGCAGUACAAAUGUGGAUCCUACUAUAUCCA